GCCAAUAUGGCUGCGCCCGUGUGACCAGGUCUGUACCGCGAAAGCGACCGCGGCACCGCCUGCUGGGGUCAGAAGUCACCAUGCUAAGGGCGGCGUGGAGGGUGCUGAGUUCCAUUCGCACUCAAGCUCCAGUCCUAGGGCCGCCGGGUAGAGGGUGCGCCCAAAUUCCAUCCGACCGCUGGGGCCUUCCCUCACCUCCUCUCGGUUUCAUCCUCCGGGCCACCCGCGGAUAUGCCAUCCAGAAACCAGUCCGGCCCAGCCAAGAAGAUGAUCCACCCCCUUCCACACUGCUCAAAGAUUACCAGAACAUCCCUGGAAUUGAGAAGGUCGAUGAUGUCGUGAAAAGACUCUUAUCUUUGGAAAUGGCAAACCAGAAGGAGAAGCUAAAAAUCAAGCAAGAGCAAUUGAUGAACAAGGUUGUGGCAAACCCUGAGGACACCCGUUCCCUGGAGGCUCGAAUUGUUGCCUUGACGGUGAAGAUCCGCAAUUAUGAAGAACACAUGCAGAAACACCGAAAGGACAAAACCCACAAGCGCUAUCUACUGAUGAGCAUUGACCAGAGGAAAAAGAUGCUCAAAAACCUCCGCAAGACCAACUAUAAAGUCUUUGAGAAGACGUGCAAGGAGCUGGGGAUUGAGUACACCUUUCCCCCUCUGUACUACCGAAAAGCCCACCGCCGCUGGGUGACCAAGAAGGCCCUGUGCAUUCGGGUUUACCAGGAGGCUCAAAAGCUGAAGAAGCAAAAAAGGGCCUUAAAAGCCGCAGCCGCAGCCCAGAAACAAGGCCAGAUAAACCCAGAAAGCUCUUCCAAAGUCGGACCAGAGGCAAUCAAGGAAAACCAAUAAAUUCUGUUCAAGUUGUA